AGUGAAAAAAAUAUUAUAGGUUAAAAUGAAAAGCUUAUAAUUUCUUAAAUAAGAUAAUUAUUAAUAAAAACUUACUUUCGGUCCAUGUGUAAACAAAAUAAACAGGAACAUAAUAGCAAACAAGGAAAAAACAUAAAGUUCAAAGCUAAAAACAUAACCUAGAAUGGCAACAAAAUUACUGAAUAGUAUCUUACGGACAAGACCAUCGAAUUUAUUGUUCAAGAGAUGGGAAAGCUCGGAAAAGCGCGUGGUGACCUACGACCCUUUUGUAACAGUUCCAAAGAAAGACAAGAAGACAUUUACAGAAGUGGUGAAGAUGUUUGAGGGCAGAGAUACAAGGAGAAGAGGUCAUGUAGAGUUUAUUUACGCGGCUCUAGCCAGAAUGAAAGAGUUCGAAGUACAGAAAGACCUAGAAGUUUACAAGGCAUUGGUUGAUGUGUUUCCGAAAGGGAAAUUUAUUCCUUCCAACAUAUUUCAAGCAGAAUUUCUGCAUUAUCCUAAACAGCAACAGUGUGCAGUGGAUUUACUGGAACAAAUGGAAGAUAAUGGUGUGAUACCAGACUCAGAAAUGGAGCAAAUGCUUCUUAAUGUGUUUGGACGAAGAGGGAUUCCUCUACGAAAAUGCUGGCGUAUGUUAUAUUGGAUGCCCAAAUUCAAAAAUCUAAGCCCUUGGCAUUUGCCAACUGAAUUGCCUAAAGAUACAUUAGAAUUAGCAAUUUUAGCUAUACAAAGGAUAACAUCAGUAGAUGCAGAUAUGGAAGUCAGGGUUUGGCAGACUGAAGAAAUAGAAGAAUCAUUGGACAAAACAUGGGUGGUGAGUGCCCAAAGCCCUUCGCAGAGGACACUGCUUGCUGGCCAGCCCCCCGACGAACCAUUAGUCGUGAAAGGCCCUUACAAUGUGUAUUUGAAAGACCAAGUGGUUACCUACUUUCUUCUGCUGGGCAAAAUUAGGACUCCGCCAAAAGAUGAGUCAGAUCCUGAUGAUGUUUCGAAUCUGGCUAAACCAGUGGGCAUUCCUGGUGUAUUUGGCACAACCAAACUCCCAGCAGUUCAGUGUACAACUCAUGAGCAAGAUGAUGGCACCAUAUUGUCUGUUUGCGCUACUGGAACAUCAUCUAGGGAUUCCCUACUAUCCUGGAUCAGGUUACUAGAAAGAAAUGGUAAUGCUGUAUUGGAAAAAAUCCCAGUAAUAUUUACACUGAUAGCUCCACCAAAUGAAAUUGCAAUACAUGAAACUCUGCCUACUGAUAAUGAAAAAGGAAAGGAAGAAAAUAUGCAAGCUAAUACCACCUAAUCCUAGUAGAAUUGGUUGUACUAUAAUUACCAGUUACUGAUUAUUUAUAUUUUGUUUAUAAGAAUAAUGUUGUUGAUUGUUAGAAAAAAAUGUAAAUAGAUUUUAUUGAAAUUA